GAGAAAUACAGAGAAUUUCCUCCCAAAUAAUUCUUUCAUGGUAUCGGAGCCAAAACCCUAGAAAUUUUCUGCGACUACUGUUCACGAUCGCCCGGCAUGGCGUCCAUCGAUCGUUGCUCAGUUUCAGUCAGUUGUUGCUGUUGCCGGAUAACGGAAUGGUCGACCGUUGCUCUAGAACGGUCGAGCACGGCGACUGUCCCGUCGGCAGAUUGUUUGGAUGAUGUUGCUGUUCAUUCUUCCGCCACCGACGUACGCCCCUUUGCUACCGCCAUGACCGAUGAACAACCAAGGAAGAUGUUUUCGCCUGAAGAAGAGGAUAAUCAUGAGAGGGGAACCUCUCUGUUUCCAAAUUUUGAUAAUUUGACUCCAGAACAGUGGAAUGCUGUUCGACACGUUUUCUCCCUAUCACCGUUUGUUUCUAGUAUGAAGUUUUCAAGUAUUCCUGUAUCUCCGUGUUGGAUUAUAGAUACUGGGACAUCAAAUCAUAUGACUAGUGAUAUUUCUUUAUUGCAUGAUGUCGUGGGAAUAUCAUCGUGUGCAUCUCUUGAUACAGGAAGUACAAAUGAGGUUAGCUCUUAUGAUGAAUAUGAAGAACUGCGGAUGGAAGAACAGAUGGACAAUUCCAGGAGGAACGGUCGACCGGAGGAAAGUGGCAGAACAGACCGGCUACAGACGGUCGACCUGAUGGACCGUUCCGAUGUCCACGGUCGACCAUCCGAGAGCGGCAACACCAAGGACAACGACGACAUCCGGCUGGCGAGGAGGGCUUCGACCGUGAUGGAGAAACCUAUAGACCCAGGCCAAAAUUAGACCCCAUCUAGAGUGACGAGCUGAGUCUGAUCCGCUAAGUUGGCUAAAUAAGGUGCUAUCGAAGAGAGAUUGAUUUUCCUAUUCCAUGCGAGCUUGAAAAGUCACCUACAGCAAGCAAAGAGAUCGCUGUGAUAAACCCUAGACUGACUCUUUCCGAGUCCUUUGCCAUGGUGGAAUGGUUCGAUGCUACACGGGAUCGGGUUGAUAUGUUACUAAGCCACUAUCCCGACUUACACCUUGAGGACAAGGUAGGUUUUGAACCGGGAGGAGAUGUAUGGAUAUUAUGGGUCAUCCU